CAUGUGGCAGAGCAACUUUCAGUUAGUUCUCGAAUAACUAUAUAUGGUGAAAAUGGUAAUGAGAAAAGAUUACAACUUCUUGGGCAAGCCCCAUUCUCACCUCUAAGCCUCCACCAUGAAUCAUCCCAAUGAGAAAAAUGGUUGGAUGUCUGUUCCUCAAUUUGGGGGGUGGGAUCAUACGGCCCCAGGAGCAACUGACUAUUCUGUUGUAUUUUCUCGAGCUCGAGCCAAUCGUAAGCAGCAAAAGACGGACUUGAGUGACUUCAAGCGCAACAGUAUCGGUACCGAAAGGGAGCUCAUCAACCCUGUUCAUCAUCAAGAUGAUCAAAUAAUGAGGAAAAAGAAGAUUCUGACCUACAUCAAUUGCUGCAUUAGGCCUUGAUUUACUAGAUGCACUCAAUUGUCAAUCAUCUUGCACUAUUGCACUAAAUUUUGAAUUCUGGCUUGUAAAUUUAUGGAUGGCAAAUGUUAGUCAAUUGAAGCAUAAGCAAUCAAAUAUUCUGUAAUCUUUCUAUUUUUUUCUUGGCCAGAAGAUUCUGUAACCUUUCAAGUAUGCUAUGUAUGCUAUUUACUAUCUAAA